CCGAAAGUAAAACCGAACUGCACGACAACCGAGCAACACAACACUGUUUGGCGGUUCUAUUCUUACCGCCAUCAUAUCAUUAUACCUUCACUCCGGUACAUCACUCCUAAACACCACGACUCUCUGGCAGUACGGACAUCACUUCUCCACACCACGACUCUCCGGCAGUACGGGCAGCACUUGCCAAUCGACCAUGUUCCACUUCACGGCGUUGCUCGGCGCACAAUCCGACUCACCCGCUUGCCAAUCCCUCCUCGAGCUUGACAAUGGCAUCAAGAUCCUCGUCGACGUAGGCUGGGACAACAGCUUCGACAUUAAGAUGCUCUCAGAACUAGAGCGCCACACACCGACCAUCGAUCUCAUCCUCCUCACACACCCGACCCUCGAACACAUGGGCGCAUACGCACACGCCUGCAAACACAUUCCCAACUUCAACUCGAUACCCGUGUACUCGACCUUCCCAGUCUCUAACCUUGGCCGGUUGCUGCUACAGGAUAUCUACCUCUCGACGCCAAAGUCCUUCACGCGACUACAGGGCACCGCGGUGACGGCCGCACCCUACCUCUCUAGCCCUUCAAGCAUCUUGCCGUCCGGAACUACUACCGAGCUACCGGAGAACGCAUUGAAGCUCCCGCCAGCACCAAGUGAGAUUGAUUCCUACUGCGGAAAGAUCGUUACUCUGAAGUACUCGCAGCCGACGCCUCUACAUUCCGCCGUCGCCAGAGUCGCUGGCAAGCUUGGUAGUGUCACAAUCACGGCGUACUCCGCUGGCCAUUCGCUGGGUGGAACGAUAUGGAAGAUUCAGCAGGCACAGGAGUCGAUUGUCUAUGCGGUUGAUUGGAACUUGUCAAGGGAAAACUGCUUGAGGGGUGCUGCUUUCCUCAGUGGAGAGGGAGGGAGGGUGCAAGAGGCGCUACUGAAGCCGACGGCUUUGGUGUGUUCAUCGAAGAAUGCGACCGUCACGAAUAUGGCGGGAGGCCGGAAAAAGAGAGAUGGGAUUCUGCUGGACAUGAUACGAAAGGUGGCAGUGCAGAAUGGAGGGACAGUUUUGAUUCCUACGGAUUCGGUGGGGAGAGUGCUGGAGUUGGCGUAUCUUCUAGAGCAUGCUUGGAGAAAGGACGGGAGGUUAUCCGGCAAAGGGCAAGGGCAAGGGAUUAGCUUGUAUCUGGCCGGAAGAAAGGCGAAGCGCCUGGGCCAGGUGAUCGGCAGCAUGUUGGAGUGGAUGGACGAGGCGGUAGUCCGGGAAUUCGAGUCCAUCGCCGAGAAGUCUAGUCGAAGGGGGGGGGGACGACGUCGUGGUGACCAAGACAGUAAGGAUGCGGAGACCUCCGGAAACAAGGCCGGACCAUUCGACUUCUUAUAUCUGAAUCUGGUAUCGACACCCGGACAGUUGGCAAAGGCUCUGAACAACAAUGACGGCCGUGGAAAAGUCAUCAUUGCGUCCGAUUUGAGUCUGGAGUGGGGCUUCAGCAGAGACGCAUUGCUCAAGCUCGCCAAUGACGACAAGAACGUGGUUGUUUUGACGGAACGCGGUGAAGGGAAGUCGGGGUUGGUGGGGCGGUUGUGGCAAGGAUGGAAGGAGGCCACAACUAAAAACGAGGAGGAUAGUGCUGCCACCGGACAACUCGCAGUCGUCGAUACAUCACAGGAGAUCGAGAACGCCAGUAAGACACCAUUAGAAGGCGAGGAGCUGCUGUCAUACCAGCGACAUGUUGCGACUCGCCAGACCCUCACUUCUCAGCAUCAGUCCUUGAUGUCUACCUCCGGGCUACCUUCUGGACUUGAUGACGACCAGGACGACGAAGAUGCAUCAUCAUCCUCGGACGAUGACUCGGACUCGGAGAGGCAAGGAAAAGCCCUUACUACUGCCGCAUCAAAGAAGAUUUCCCAGGCGACAAUGAUGAUGGGUGGUGCGGUGCCGGCUGGUGUGAGCGAGAAGAUCGACAUAGGUAUCAACAUCCUGCUACGAGGAGAGGGAAUCUAUGACUUCGACGUGCGUGGCGCGAAGGGGAGAAAUAGAAUGUUUCCCUUCCAGGUGCGACGAAAGCGAAUCGAUGAGUAUGGCGAAGUUGUUCGGCCGGACGAUUAUAUGCGUGCCGAGGAGCGGAACGACGAAGAGCUGGCAGACGAUGAAGGGGAGAGGAGAGAGGAAACCAGAGUCAUGGGUAAGAAGCGGAAAUGGGAUGAGGAGAUCCCAAAACCAGGCACUGGGGGCCACAAGGGCAGUAAAGGAGCCAUAGAUAUGAGUAAACGAAGGGGGGUGUAUAAGCGGACGAAAGGCGGAUCGGGCAACAAUGAAGAUGGCUACGAUUCGAACGACCAGGAAUCGGCCGAAGAAGGCGAGGUUUCCGAAAGCUCGGAAGGGGAGGACGUCGAAGAGGCUCUUGCAUCACCAAGCAAGCUUACCAUCUCUUCGGAGACUGUCCGCAUACAUAUCAGCGCAACCUUUAUCGACUACGCCGGUCUACACGAUCAGAAGAGCUUGCGAAUGCUACUCCCUCUCAUCGACCCGAAAAAGCUGAUUCUCAUCGGAGGCAAGCGGGAGGAGACGAAAUAUCUGGCCGAGUUUUACCGUGAGAAGGCGGCGCUGUCAAGCCGUGGCAUAAGCACGGGAACCGAUGUCUUCUUCCCUCAAAUGGGCCAGAAAGUAAAUGCCUCUGUCGACACCAAUGCAUGGGUUGUGAAGCUGGGCAAUACCUUAUCCCGUGGCCUGAAAUGGCAGCAUGCCAGAGGGCUCGGCGUGGUGCACGUCAUAGGACGUGUGGCGCCCGAAGAGGAAAAAGGACAACCAGACUCGAAGAAGCAGAAGACCAUCACCGAGGAGGGCGAGAUCCCAAGCCGGGAUGACGACCGGCAGUUGGUGUUGGAUGUCCUCCCACCGGCUCUUGCCGCUGCGACGAGGAGCUUCGCCCAGCCCAUUCACGUGGGUGAUAUCAGACUGGCAGAUCUGAGGAGGGUUUUGCAGGAUGAAGGCCAUGCAGCGGAGUUCAAGGGAGAGGGUACUCUUCUUGUGGACGGAUUUGUGGUGGUGAGGAAGACGGGUGUGGGUAAUGUCUCGGUAGAAGACGGAGGCGGGGGAUUUAUUGGAGCGGCCUCGGCGAGAGGGAAGACUUUUGUACAAGUCAGGCGGAAAGUGUAUGCUGGACUGGCUGUUGUGGCGGGUGGAUAGGCAUCUGCAAUACUAGAGGGAACUUUUUUUUUCGGUAGAAAAUCUUG